AUGUACACCCUUACAGAGCUUGAACCUAUUUUAGGCGUAACCCACAGAACCCUUUUAAGCUACAUUAAAGACGGCAGAAUAAAGGGCGUAAAAGUUGGUGGCAAGUGGAAAGUAUCAGAAGAAACUUUAAAGAAAGCAGAGGGCAAGAGCUUUAGCGCUAUUUGCUCACAACUCCAGAUAGCUAAAACAACCUGUAGUAGCUGGGAAAAAGAAUUUAAAGAACAAAUAGACCUAGUGAAAAGGCAGCAGCUACAGGAACUGGCAGAAAGCUACAGUAUUGGCAAGGAAGCCCGCAUUAAAAGACUGGGUAGCACGCUUGCCAAAAUUAACGAAGCGCUGGAAGAGGUAGACUAUUCACAGAUACCGCCAGAGAAGCUGUUAGACUUCAAGCUAAAGUAUACAGAAGCUCUUAAACAGGAAUACAUAGAGCUGCAACCAGCUAUAGCGCUGGAAAAAGAUACAGCGGACAAUAUCCUAGCCGCCUAUGCUAACCUUUACAGCAGAGCCAGACUAGGAGACAUUACAAAAGACCAGAUAGAAAAAGAAAGUACAAUACUUACAGGCGCUAUGAAAGCCUACGAAGCCACAGAACUAAAGAAUAGAUUAGAGAGCAUAGAAGCAGCGCUAGGCAAUAGACCUGUAAUAAAGGGGUAA